CAGACUACCGAAGAUAAAUGUAAGACUAAAGUAAUAAGGCCAGGGUGCCUUUAAUGUAGGUAACUACAUUCCGCAGGCGGAUGACGGAAUUCGGCAAAAUGCGUGUGAGGUGCGGAUCAGCGGAGAAACCCGCCCGUCUGCUCUGUUGAAAAGCUGCCCAGAGAAUCCUCCUCCAUCAAGAGGACUUGCUAAUUAAAAGAGGGGGGGCUCUGCCCUUUGGGUCCAGGUGGAGGGGGACUCUUCGUUCUCUCGAACCCUCAAGCGCAUGGUUGACUUUUGCGAUAUGCCUCGCAAAAGGGGGGGUGGACAGUGCAGCGCUCUGACAGCGGUCCGGGGGAAGGACACAUGGUUAGUUGGUGUAGCUCUCGUUAGAUGGGGCGAGCUGUCACUUCUGGUGUGCCCAGAAGUUUUUUUUUGAAAGGCCUCCCCAAGAUGGUGGCCCUGUGUGGGAACAGUGACCGAAAGGGGUUAAUGACAGCCCGGGGUCACCUCUGGCAGGGUUAUAGGCGCGGGGAGAGGGGAAAUUUCCACUUGGGCGAUGGAAAUUCGCGGCGAAUGAACGCCGCUACGUGUCUGCUCCGGCUUGAAGACUGCUGAUGGCCAUACUUCCACGAAGUCCAUUGGGAGCGACGCCAGUGCUCGCCACAGCUUUUCUAGUCACGAAAUCGUGUAGGGUUUUGAGACGCCGGGCCUGACUGGAGCCGGGAAUUAUAGGAGAUGGCUGCUUAAGGGCGCCGCCUACUUGGAGAGCGCAGAGACGUGCAGAGUCUUGGAAAUCCGGCUUUUAUUCGAAAACUAUUCCACGUAUUGUUUUGCGGUUUGGCUACGAAAAGCAUUUAAGGAACAGCUUACAGGCCUAUAAUAGUGAGACGUUCUAUUUUCCCUUACUAAUAGGUAAGUUUUGACUGUGAAAAUGGCUAAAACGGCACUUUUUGCGGCGAGAUUUAGGUAAGAAGAUUCAUUUUCCCGGGCUUCGGAAAAUUAUAGACCCGUAGAAUGCACCUUUGUCUUGCGUCGCGUGAUAAAAAAAUAUAGUUUCGUAGAUGAAAAUCGAUGGUUCUACGAUGCAGUUCUAAAGCACUGCAUGCCAGUAAGACACUCCAGUGAAGUGGCGCCACCACGCGCUCCGCUCGGCCGCUAUCAGUCCGGGAGGGGAAGUAGCCUUGAGCGGCGGGAAGGUGGGUAUGCGGGGGGAAAAGAUCCGGCUGGUAGGGGGAGUGCCCAGCUGCUGCGUGUCGCUAACCUGAGUCUAGGGCAGUAGCUGUCUUUGACAGACGCACAGUGCGAGGUGCGAGAUAAUAGUUCGUACAUCCAUCAUCCUGCGUGCGUGCUCUGAUACUUGUGAAUGUGUGUGGGUGAAUUGACUCGCGUCAAGUGCCAGUAGAACGUUUAGCCUUUAUACCCAUUUAGAAAGGUUUGAUUUACAAAGGUAUGGAAUCUGCGAGAAAGCAAGUUUUGAAUGAAGACAAAAAAAGAGGUAAAAAACGUCACUUGCGUCUGAAUGCAGUUCGAAAGAAAAGGAAAUGGAACAAAGGGAAAGUUUUACGUUUAGUUGAUGGCAGGUAAGUGUGUUGUACAUUUAUUAAGAAACAUGUAAGCCUUCACUUUCAGUUGAAAAGGUUAUAUAGCAUAAUUUUUUAUAUUCCUUUACUAUCCAUUUGAGCUGUAUUAAAUUUAAAUGUUCUUUCUUUCACAGGCUGCGUUACGUGAAAAACCAUGAAACAAGGUUUUCCAACUAUACUUCACAUGAUUCUUUCAGUACAUCCAAACACGCGGGGAAUAUAGAAAAUGCUGUUGAAAGGAAAACCCAGACAGACAGUGAGACUUGCUACAUAACGUUGUCUCCAGGUGUUCCACCUCUCCCGGCGAUACUGCUUCACAUGAUCAAGUAGACAUCGAUGGAGCAGGUUGUUCGUUUUGGACAAACGAAAUAUUGGCGACACCGCAGAAAGUCACAACUACUGAUUAUCCUACAGAAGAAUAUGAUGUUACUGGAAUAUUUUCAGACACGGAACAAGAGUCAAAAUCGGUCACAAGUGACUACGCUCAGCUUCUUGAAGGCGUGGAGAAACUUUCGUCACCAGCAUCUUCACCCGAACAAACCUCUCCUAAAAAAACUUUCAGCUCUGAAUCAUCAACCUUUCCGAUACAAGGCCGUCGACUGUUUGAUGUUGACUUUCUAUUCAAAGAAAUGUCGCGCAUCAGCCAACAUAACAAAGUGUUUCAGUGUUCGUUUGAAAAUAUGCGAUUAAUAAAAGAACAUAAAAAUGGAAUGAUAAGUAAAUUUGAUUUCAAGUGUAAUAUGUGUGGUACUGUUGAAUCUAUUUUCUCGGAGGACCCCCAAACAAAUAAAGUCAACUGUAACAUGGCAUGGGUGAACAGUAUGUUGUUAACGGGCCAAAGUUUUACACAGUUACAAGACAUAACUUCAACUUUGGAAAUGCCUUGCAUGGCCAAGGAGACUUUCAACAAAUGUCAAAAAUCCCUAUCUUCUGUUAUACACGAUGUCGCAUGUCAAAGUAUGGAAGCCGCUGGCAAAGAAGAAGCAAGAUUGGCAGUAGAAAAUGGCAGUGUGGAUGUCGACGGAGUUCCUCUCAUAGCAGUUGUCACUGAUGGAGCUUGGUGUAAACGAUCGUAUGGAAACAAAUAUGAUGCUCUUUCUGGGGUGGCUUGCAUAGUAGGAAAAGAAACAAAAAAAGUUAUCUUCGCAAGCACUAGGAAUCGAUACUGCUGCAUAUGUUCACGAGCAAACAGUAAAAAUGAGACGCCAAAGGACCACGUCUGUUUCAAAAAUUGGAACAAGUCUUCAAAUGCCAUGGAAUCUGACAUCAUAGUGGAAGGUUUCAAAUGCAGUGUUUCCAUGCAUAACCUGAAAUAUCAUCAGCUGAUUGGAGAUGGCGAUAGCAGCAUUAUGACCCAGUUGGUGAAGGCUCAGCCAUAUGGUCCAAAUUUUACAAUCACCAAAAUUGAAUGUACUAACCACAUACUGCGAAAUUACCUUCGAAGGAUACGUUGUAUUGCUCAAAAGACGAAAAACGAAAUUGGUUCCGUUUCUCCUGUUCUACGAAAGGCUGUAUCUGACAAACAACUCCGCCUUCGAGCUGCAGUCACCGGAGCUGUGCAGCAUAGGCGUGCUCAAAAAGAGUUUCCAAUUCACAGAAAAAUUGAGGAGUUAAAACUUGACAUUUACAAUGGUCCAUUUCACGUAUUUGGUGACCACUCAGGAUGCGCAAUUAGAGGUUAUUUCUGUAGCGGAUUGAAAGAAAACGAGGAAAACCUUGUACCGCCUCUUCAAGAGGCAGGUAUAUGGUCAGAAAUAAUAGCAGCUCGAAACAUUGUUGCACAUCAUGCUGUAAGCCUUUUACAUAAUUUCAAUACUAAUACAGCAGAGUCUUUCAAUAAUGUGGUUUGCAAGCAUGUUUCAAGUAAACGAGUAAACUUUUGUUUGAGUGGUGGCUACCAAACAAGAAGCGAGCUCUCUGUAAUUUCUUUUAAUUCAGGUCCUCAAACACAGUCCUUUAUCCAUAAAGGUUUAACAAACAGUAGUCCUGGAAACAUCACUAAAGCUCACAUACAGCGCAAGGAACGUUCAUCAGAGAAAAGAAAGCUCAGGAGGCUGACAAACCCACAAACAUUUAAGCGCAGAAAGUUGUAUGUGACAGGUCCUGACAAGGAUUAUGGCUGUGUAGAACAACGCAUACCUGACAUGGAACCAGACGAAUAUGCAAGACAGACACAGGAAUUUCUCGCUAGUCUUUGUAAAACGGAUGAAGAACGAGAAAAUCUACAAAUCGCUACCAAAGGGCAAAAUGAUUCUGUUCUCUGGAAAUCAGAAAGAAUCAAGCGACUGACAGCAUCAAAUUUCGGUAGAAUCUGUAACAUGAAGAAAUCCACUAAGCGAGCAAAAUCCGUUUUCAAUAUAUUGUACAGUAGGUUUUCAGGGACGGAGGCCACAAGGUAUGGAUUGGAAAAUGAGCAUAGCGCCAUUCAGGAUUUUGAAGUGAACUUUGGUAAGAAGGUGGCUCGCUGUGGCUUAUUCGUCGAUAAGGAACACCCAUGGCUGGCAGCAACACCUGACGGUCUUGUUGGAGAUGAUGGUAUCCUUGAAGUAAAAUGUCCUGCCGUAGCUGCCAGAAUGUCUCCACAAGAAGCAGUGGAACAGAAAAAAGUAACAUUUUGUAACAUUGUGGAUGGUAAAAUGUUUCUGAAGAAAGGACAUGCUUACAUGUACCAAGUGCAGGGACAACUGCAUAUUACCAAUCGUAAGUACUGUUAUUUCGUCCUUUGGACACCACGUGGCUUACUAGUGCAACAAAUUGAAAGAGAGAACAGUUUCUGGAAAGAAAAAAUGAUCAACAAACUGACACAGUUUUACAUGACGUGCCUUCUACCGGAAAUAAUAGAUCCACGUUAUCCUAGGAAUAUGGAAAUCAGGGAACCUGAUAAUACACUGUAAACAAUUGAUGGACAAUAGCCUUACAUGUAAGCCAAAAUUACCACAAACAGUACAGGUAAAUUCCCAUUUUUAAAGAAGGAUAUUAACAACAAAAAUGAUUUCAUAAAGAUUACAGUUAGGCCUAUAGAUUUUUGUUUUCUAGUCCAAUAAACAAUUGAAACAUAGAAAAUUGGCGUACUAGUUUGACGAAAGAUGUUUGAAAUGAUACAGUUAUACAGACAAGUGCCCAGUUGCCAGUUUCCGUGCCAACAGAAAAAAAACCUUAUGUUUGUGUAUGCUGUGAAAUACUUAAAUCAAUAUAAUGUAACAGUGUAAUUGGCAUGCAGUGUCUUAUAACUUUGCACUUAGAUUAUAUUAUUAUGGGCCGUAUCUCAUUGUGAAUCGUUUUAAAAGAUAUACGUAAAAUGUUUGUUUCACUCUACAUGUUAUAUUGUGCGCUGAUAGUUUACUACUAGUAUCGAGCAGCUGUUUAUUUUUAUUUUUGGUUUUGAUGUAUUAACAUUAGUUUCAUUAUUUGUAUUUGCACCGUAUUAUUUAUCAAGAGUGUUCGAAACGAAAUAAUUUGUUAUACUGAAUCUGAAAUAGUUGUAUGAAUAUAUUUAUUUUUGUAUGUUUAAAUAUGUAAGGUGGAAUAUUUUUUUGUGUAAACAAUUAGUAUGUAUGUUCAGAGCUAUUGUAUUGUAGCUAUUGUCUCAACAGUUUCAAAACAUUAAGCCAGUUUUUUACCAUUUACUUAAGCUGAUUCAUGGUGACAACUGUCUUAUUUUGUGGUAAAAAUUACAUAGAUGUAUAACCUGUAGUAAGAAUGAACAUAACAAUUCUCAUAGAUAUAAAAUGUAAAUAAAAUAUGUAAAUGUGGUAUUGUUGAAUGAGCAUUAGGUGUUGUGUGAAUAAUAUAUUUUGUUAUGAAUGUUGUAAUUUACAAGAAAGAUAUUUAUAUACAUAUGUUGUAAAAUAUACACAUAUCCAUACACACUUUGCAGCAAGUGAUUUCA